GCUUCGCGCGGGCCCCGCGCCCGCCGCCCCCGGGCCGGCCCCGCCCCGCCCCGCUCCGGCCCCGCUCCGGCCUGGCCCUGCCGCCGCCCGCCGCCGCCGCCCUCCUGCGCGCCGCGCCCCGCCUCGCCGGCCUCCCGCGCCGGCCCCGCGCCCUCCUCCUCCUCCUGCAGCCGCCGCCCGGCGCCGCCAUGCCCGGCCCGGCCGCCGGCAGCCGGGCGCGGGUGUACGCCGAGGUGAACAGCCUGAGGAGCCGCGAGUACUGGGACUACGAGGCGCACGUCCCGAGCUGGGGCAAUCAGGACGACUACCAGCUGGUUCGCAAGCUCGGGCGAGGGAAGUACAGCGAGGUCUUUGAGGCCAUCAACAUCACCAACAACGAGAGGGUCGUCGUGAAGAUCCUCAAGCCAGUGAAGAAAAAGAAGAUAAAACGCGAGGUUAAGAUUCUGGAGAAUCUACGUGGUGGCACCAACAUCAUUAAUCUGAUUGACACUGUCAAGGAUCCAGUGUCAAAGACCCCUGCUCUGGUGUUUGAGUACAUCAAUAACACAGAUUUUAAGCAACUGUACCAGAUCCUGACAGACUUUGAUAUUCGGUUUUAUAUGUAUGAGCUGCUGAAGGCCCUGGAUUACUGUCACAGCAUGGGGAUCAUGCACAGGGACGUCAAACCGCACAACGUCAUGAUAGACCACCAACAGAAAAAGCUGCGGCUCAUAGACUGGGGUCUGGCCGAAUUCUACCAUCCAGCUCAGGAAUACAAUGUCCGUGUGGCCUCUAGGUACUUCAAAGGACCAGAGCUCCUUGUGGACUACCAAAUGUAUGACUACAGCUUAGACAUGUGGAGUUUAGGCUGUAUGCUGGCAAGCAUGAUCUUCCGAAAGGAGCCCUUCUUCCACGGCCAGGACAAUUAUGACCAACUGGUUCGCAUCGCAAAGGUCCUGGGCACAGAAGAGCUGUAUGGGUAUCUCAAGAAGUACCACAUAGAACUGGACCCGCACUUCAAUGAUAUCCUGGGCCAGCAUUCCCGGAAACGCUGGGAGAACUUCAUCCACAGUGAGAACAGACACCUGGUCAGUCCCGAAGUCCUAGACCUCCUGGACAAGCUCCUGCGAUAUGACCAUCAACAGAGGCUGACCGCCAAGGAGGCGAUGGAGCACCCCUAUUUCUAUCCAGUGGUGAAGGAGCAGUCCCAGCCCAGCUCAGAAAAUGCUGUGCUCUCCAGUGGCCUGACAACAGCGCGAUGAAGACUGGAAAACGACGGGUAAUUCAAGAUGUUUACAAAUAAAAGCAAAACCUUCGGUCACACAGUGAAGGGAAAAGAACCAAGGACCCCCCCCUCCUUCCCCUCCCCUUUAUACUCGGCAGAAAUCUAACCUUGGGGGGGGUCAUAAACCUCAGUUCCUCUCUGGUGGUUGUGGUUAAUGUAACUCUAACCCUGUGGUACCAAAGCCCUGGGCAAAUGGUCUUGCAAGAGCUAAACAUGUAGUGAUAUCCCCAGGGCUCAACACAACUGAUUCUGGUUCACAUCUCUAUGGAUCCUUCUCUUCCUUCUCAGUCCAGCCUUCCCCACCACGCUGGUGGGGACAAAUUGGUCGUUCCACCAUCAGCCCUUAGCAUGCCUCUUUCUAAACAUGCCUUUCUGACUUGUAGACUCUGGAUGAACCAAAUUCAGGCUGGGGGUCAGCAGGUGCAACUCUGUUUUGAGGUCCAAGUCCUACUGCUCACUCUGGGCUUGAAUUUGGCCCUUGAAUUCCAGUUUCAAUUGCGAAUGCCGGGGCGG